AUGAAGUUGCAUCGCCGUAAUGCUUUCACAACUACGGGGACAAUCCUAACUGGCACUCCAAAUGCAUGCGGAUGGCAUGACACCUAUAUAGAUCCUGAUGCUCCCAACACGUUCGCGUGCCAAGAUUCUUCUAGCUGUGUUUAUCAUAUGUCAAACAGCGCUUUCUCUGGUCUGGUAGGAUGCUGCUCAGGCCAACACUGUGGAUUUGAGAGCGUCUGUUACAAUGCCGCGCAAGUCACUGCGACGCCAUCGUUGACUUCAGGCAACAUAGCUUUCGCCCUUUUCUGCACAAAUUCCACCUCACCUUCAUGUGGGACGUACACAUGGCCAGGCGCUGCCCUGACCGACUAUGUGUGUGAUACCACAACCUUUGUGUCAAACAUCUAUACCGUGGCAACAUGGGGAGAACCCGAAGACGGGACAAUACUUUGGGCUACUCAAUAUAUUACUAAGAUAGAUGACGAGACUAUGAGCAUGUACUCCUCUUUAUACGACACGUCAACCUCGGUGUCAAAGCCAAACCGUCAAGCGACUUCCACAAGAUCUAUAACUGCGGCCACGACCACUGCACAGCCAACCGCAUCUAGCUCUGGCAGUUCCGGCUCGUCGAUCUCUUCUGGUACAAUUGCGGGUAGUGUUGUUGGGAGCAUUGCAUGCGCCGGUGUUAUUGGAGCCGGUGUUGUCUUCCUACUUUGGAAGAGGAGGAAGUCGCGCCAGCAAGAUGGAUUGAAUGAUCCAGCGCAAGUCCAAUACCAGUCUGUUCCAAAAGACCAGUCGGAUCAUUCUGAGUGGGGAAUACAACAAGCUGUGGAAGUUGAGGCAAGCGACUCGGUCCACAAGAUGGCAGAGGCCCCGGGAAGCACCCCUCACAAUGCGUCGCAGGAAGUCAGUUCCAAUGCCUUCAUUGCGGAGCUUCCAUCGCCGGAUGAUGGAAAGCACCAUUGA